AGUGGAGGUGAGAGGAGUGGCCACCUGACACUUCUACACGACUAACAGUACACUGAGCUUCACUCCAACACGGGAAUAAACGUUUUCUAACUGAUCUAUUUUUAGUGCUAUUAUGACCGGAGCGGAUGAGUAAUAAUUUAGAUCUUCAAUGUAGUGCGCCCAAACUUUUUGCCAGAUCAUGCUGUCGUAUCCUACCAUAAUAUGGAGAAUAUCACAACAUUCAACAAUCUUUAUUUGACCCAACUCAGGAAUCCUGGCAUCAGGAUGCUGAUAUGAAGCGGCCCCUCUCUCAGUGAAGAUGUAUGAGGUGAUGUCCGGAGACACUCUGGCCUGGAAAGUGCCCCCUCCCAGGACCAGCGACUCCGACUCCAACCCUGACCCCACCCAGUUCACUGGAGAAGUCAAGAUCCUCAAAGUCUGCUUCUGCAACAACAACACACUGGGCAAGAACUUUAAACUCGUCAAGUGUGACAGUUCAUGGCAAAUUAGAGCCAUCAUUCAUUCCAUCUUGAUCAGUGGCCGUUUGGGGCCCAAAAUUGAACACACAGGAUGUUACAGUCUUCUGCUGAAACACCUGAAGUCUGAGGAGAUCCACUGGCUGCACCCAGACCUGACUGUGGGCGAGGUGGAGCAGCGCUACGAGAGCCAUCAUGUGGAAGCCGAGUGGAGAUAUGAUCUCCGUAUUAGAUAUAUUCCUGUCAAUUUCCUGGAGAAAUUUCAAGAUGACAGAUCUACUUUAGUCUAUUUUUAUCAACAAGUGCGUAGUGACUACAUGCAGUAUCAUGCCAGUAAAGUCAGUGAUGGGAUGGCUCUGCAGCUCGGCUGCUUGGAAAUUAGGAGGUUUUAUAAAGACAUGAAUGCAAAGGGUCUAGAGAAGAAAUCCAAUUUUGAGCUGCUUGAGAAAGAGGUGGGCCUGGAGCUUUUCUUCCCUCAGCAGUUGAUAAACAGCAUGAAGUCCAAACAGUUACGGAAAAUGAUCCAACAAACAUUUCUACAAUACGCCUCUCUCAAAGAGGACGACUGCAUGAUCAAGUUCUUUGAGACGCUCAGGGAUUGUUUCAGCUACGACGAGGAGGUCUUCCCCUGUGAACUAGUGCAAGGUUGGCGCCUGUCUGUCGAGCUGGUGAUUGGUGGAAGGGGCAUUCGUCAGCGUACUCAGGAAAACGCAGCACCUGUGUUUUUAGCAGACUUCAAACAGAUAAAGAGGGUACAAUGUAUACCUCAGCCUGAUGGCAAGGCUAUCAUCAAUAUUGAUGUGGAGGGGGCCAGGCAGCGUUUAUCAAUUAAUGUGGCGAACAUCCCCAGAGCAGAAAACAUGAUGGACCUUAUUGAUGGUUAUUGUCGUUUGGAAAAUGACAGUGAUAUUUCAGUUAUCUACAGGCCACACAAGUCAGAUACCAACCAACGCAGUCCCCUGCCGGAGAUCCCCACAGGCAGAGGCACCAGCUCUAUGAGGCAGAGCAUGGACUCAGAUAUUUAUUGUGAAAUCCUUGAUGAAAGGCCCAAAUCAGUUGUUAAAUAUGGUAUUGAUCGACAUGACAUUGUUCUCGGGCGGAUCCUCGGGGAAGGGUUUUUUGGUGAAGUGUAUGAUGGCGUUUACAAACAAGCUAAUGGAAACAGAAUUAAUGUUGCUGUGAAAACGUGCAAAGACUGCUCACCGGACGUCAUGGAGAAGUUUAUGAGUGAAGCAGUGAUUAUGAAGAAGCUAGACCAUCCUCAUAUUGUGAAACUCAUCGGUAUCAUCGAGGAGGACCCCGUGUGGAUAGUCAUGGAACUGUAUCAACAUGGAGAGCUUGGCCAUUACCUAGCUCAGAACCAGAAGACGCUCACAGUCAUAACUCUGGUGCUGUUCAGCCUGCAGAUCUGCAAAGCAUUGGUCUUCCUCGAGGGUGUCAAUAUGGUACACAGAGAUAUUGCGGUUCGAAACAUAUUGGUGGCCAGUCCAGAAUGUGUGAAGCUUGGAGACUUUGGUUUGUCACGAUACAUAGAGGAUGAAGAAUAUUAUAAAGCUUCUGUGACCCGGUUGCCAAUAAAAUGGAUGGCUCCAGAAUCGAUCAACUUCAGGCGCUUCACCUCAGCCAGUGAUGUGUGGAUGUUUGCGGUAUGUGUGUGGGAGAUAAUGAGUUAUGGGCAGCAGCCCUUCUUCUGGCUGGAGAACAGGGAUGUCAUUAACCAGCUGGAGCAGGGCAUCAGGCUGCCCAAGCCAGACAACUGCCCCCCCGCAUUGUACUCACUCAUGACCCGCUGCUGGUCCUAUGACCCCCGCGAGAGGCCCACCUUCACUGAGCUUGUGGUCAAGAUCAGCGAUGUCCACAAAAUGGAGAAGGAGCAGGAAGUGGAGAGGGAGCGGGACAAAGCACGUUCAACAAAGUUUUUUGACACCAAGUUCAACUUUAAUGAACCUCCUCCUAAGCCGUCUAGAGUGAAGCCAGCCCGGUUUGGAAACACUCUGAGCAUUGGCCUGCAUAUCCAGCUGAAUGAAGCGCUGUGUGCCAGCUCUCCGGACCUGGCCAGUCCAUGUGAUUACCAGUCCCCUAUAGACUCCAGAAACACUUUGGCGCUGCCAGUCACGUCCCCGCGGCGCCGCAGCAUGGCGGAGGGAGAGUUUCUGCGAAUGGAGCCCAACAGCAGAGAGGACGUCCAGCGCCUGUGGCAGCGGGAGCGGCUGCAUAUGCAAGACACUCUCCGUAGGCAGAAAGAAGAGAUGGUGGAGGAUAAAAAGUGGCUGCAGAAGGAAGAGAAACUCCUGGUGGGAAACAGAGCAUCCUUAGGUUUUGUCAACCCCCUCUCUGUGUCUCUGAACCCCCCUCCUGAGUUUGCUGCGGCCUUGGCUGCAACUCUAAAGCCAACAGCAUUAAACAGCCCACCUGUCAACUCCCAUUGCCCCAAUAGCUUUAUACUAACUGCGCCUUCCAUAACAGUCCCAAAGAGAGGCUCCAUGUGCGUUCUGUAUAAAAUGAACCUGCCUGUUUCUUUGCAGGACCCAAUGGGACCAGAGGUAGUCGUUAGCCCAGAGCCCCAAGACACGGAUCAUGCUACACCAGAAAAGCCACCACGACUCACAGCCCAGCCUGCGCCCACUGCUGAACUGGAUCGCUCUAAUGAUAAAGUUUACCAGUAUGUGAUGGACCUGGUCAAAGUUGUGGUUCAGCUGAAGAAUGACGUGGCAGCACUGCAGCCUGAACAAUACAUUAGCAUCAUUAAGUCCGUGGGGAUGGCCUUGCGAGACUUGAUUUGCAGCGUGGACGAGAUCCUGCCCACAUUACAUGAAUCUGUCAGGACUGAGAUUGAGGGCACCCAGAAGUUGCUGAACAAUGACAUGGCAGAGUUGAUCAGUAAAAUGCGACUGGCCCAGCAGAACGCUAUCACGUCUUUAAAGGAGGAGUGCAAGAAGCAGAUGCUAGCUGCGGCGCACACUUUGGCUGUGGACAGCAAGAACAUGUUGGAUGCGGUAGAUCAAGCACGAGUGAGGGCUAACUUGGCUAAGCCAACUGCCCCCUAGUGGACCCUAAAAACAUUCAAAAAACAGCUGUUAUUACUAUUUUAAACUCAGUGCUGUUCAUAGUGAAUAAUAUAAUGAUAUAUGUAAAUGAGUAUUUUAAAUGUGGGCAUAUAAAUGAGUGUAAACUGGAA